GUUUUCAGAGCGUGGACGCGGAGGCUCGCAGACUAAUGGCACCCGUCCACCGCGAUGUUGCCCGUAUCCAUACAGAUGCGCAUCCUGUGGACGUUGGCCAUGGGCACCGUGUUUGUGGUGCUGUUGCAGUACCAAUCGUCCGGUGCCUGGUCGCAGCAACAGGGCCAGCCAGUGGCCCGCCCCGACCUGGUGGCCGAAGACCUGGUGUCGAUGGCCCUGUCCAAGGUGGUGGUGGACGAGAGCGCUGGCGUGUCUCGGGACCUGCUGAUGGGCAUCUCCCGGCAGAUAGCCCGGUACGUGGUGUACAGCGCCAGUUGCAGCAACGUCGGCGGUGGUGUCUUCGGUAACGGCGUCAGCGGUGGUGGUGGCUAUGGCGGUGGCCCCGGGAUGACCACCGUCGAACCGAGCACCGUUUACGUCAUCACGCCCACGUAUCGGCGGCCCGAACAAGUGGCCGACCUCACCAGGCUGGCGCAAACGCUUAUGCUGGUCAGAGACAUACACUGGCUGGUCGUCGAAGACUCACACGUUAAAUCGCCUCACCUCGGUGUCCUGCUGCAGUCGUUCGGCGUUAGAUACAAUCAUUUAAUCGCGCCGAUGCCGGAAAGAUUUAAGAAAAUCCGCGGUGCCAAGCCCAAAGGUGUGGCCAAUCGAAAUAGAGGUCUAAAAUGGAUCCGACAGAACGCCGUUGAAGGCGUAGUGUAUUUCGCCGAUGAUGAUAACACUUACGACGUCAGACUGUUCAAUGAGAUGCGUAAUACGCAAAAGGUAUCCAUGUGGCCCGUAGGAUUGUGCACAAGGACUGGUUUAAGUACACCAAUCGUGAAGAAUGGCCAAUUAGUUGGCUUUUACGACGGUUGGAUUGCCGGCAGGAAGUUUCCAGUCGACAUGGCUGGGUUUGCGGUUAGCGUCAAAUUCCUACUAGAAAGACCUAAUGCUCAAAUGCCCUACAAGCCAGGUUUCGAAGAAGAUGGUUUUUUAAGAACCUUAGCUCCUUUUGAACCCCAUCAAAUCGAAUUAAAAGCAGAUAAUUGCACCAAAAUAUUAGUGUGGCACACGCAGACGAAGAAGAACGAACCGUCGCUGAAUGUGGACAAGGAAAAAUACAAAAACACAAACAUACUUAGCCUGAAGGAAAUCAUAGUCUGACACACUAGAGCCGUCGUAGCUGAAGGAUUUUCGUUGGAAACAGUUUAUAUAUAUAUAUAUAUAUACCUACGCCAUGUCACGUGUAGGUAUAUGUAAUUUGUUUUCGCCGUGAUCCCCAAUUUUUUAACGAGAAAAACGGAGUUUGCUCAUUCAAGGUUUUUAAUUACCUAGUAUUGUUUUCCUGGACAUUAUUAUUUCAUCUUUCAUUUGUAUUUUUAUUGUUUGCGUCCUGGAUUUAUGUAGAUACGUUUCUUAGUUUCAAGUACCUACCUAUUGUUUAUAAGUUGUAUGUACCUACAUUAAUAUUAUUUUAUCAUUAAUAGGUAUUACCCAUUAUAAAAUGUUAUUUUAUAUUUUGUUAAUCAAUUUGUUGUCUCAAACUACUAGUCAGUCGUGUUCCCUGCCACAGCUAUGGUUGGUGAGAAGGUGAACCCCCACCCCCUCUCCCCCGGCCAUAAGUUUACUAAUCAGUUAUAUUUGUAUUGUUAUUAUUUUGUAGGUGUCGUUAAACUGAUGUGUCGAACUUACACAAUAUUCAAAACAUUUAGUAACGUGAAAAAAACAGAAAAGUACGACACAUGGCUGAUUGUUAUUUUUCUAAGGCUAUAUUCCAACAAACCUAAAGGAAAAUCGAACUUAAUUUUACAAACCUAUUUAUAUUGAGUUUAAUAUUUUUAGUCGCAAACGUAUUUUUUUUUAAAUAAUAAUUCAAUAUUGCAUAUUGCAGUACAGUCUGGGUACAGUCUGCGUGUCCCGCAACGAUACAUAAUAUUAUUUUUAUACGGUCGCAUUUUGAAAUAGUCCCUGUUUUAACCGUGUUACGACGUUACCUAGGUACUUAMGAACGUACAGAAAUCAAAUUUCCAUUUACGUUUGCCUAUAUUACGGUUAAUGCCAGUAUACGAUKUAAAAUAUUUCAUUCAUUUAGAGUCAGGUGGGAGUUGGGGGAUUCCGGAUWAAGGAUAAAGGGAAUAUUCUUUGRWYGAAAUAAACGGUGUCCAACGCGAUCGAGCCACCGAUUAAGAUCAAAAUAAUUACAAUAGGGCCGACGUUUGUGUGUCGUUUCUACAAUCAUGCUAACUACUAAUUAGUUCAUUCCAAGAAGUCGUGAGUGUUAUAAAAACUUACACUAAAACGAAAUAGUUACGACAACGUUAAUAAACAAUAAUCGCGUUUGUUGACUUCUGGACUAUUGAUAGAAUACAAAAACUGCUUGCAUUAUUUCACUGGSGGUGCAGUGUAUCAUGUUCAGUAAAAAGGCACCUACUUAACUGACUGAAGUAAUGUAUACUUGUAAUGGCUUAGUAUUCAGGUCAUAAUUAAUAGUGGACGUUUGGACUUAGUGUAUAAUGUUAUAUAAAUGAUUUAUACAAUUUGCCAAAUACCUCUGUGUUAUAUACUAUAUGUAUAAAUUAUAUUACCUACACGAUUCCUGAUUGUUGGCCAUAAUUAUUAGUUUGGAAGUUAAUCAAAAUAUUUUUAAUCUAUCAAUAUCAAUUAUUCGAAAUAARUUUUAACAUGUAAUGAUUUACAUUAUUGUAGAAAAUAUUUAUCAAUCAAUUUUCCUAUACGCAAUUGUAGGUACUUACCUUAAGUACUUAUGGAAAAUACAUGUAACAAAUGUAUUGACUUUAAAAAUUUGAGUCGUUGAAUGAGUGAUGGUUAAAAAUAUUUAAGUAGGUGUCUAUAACAGCGGUUCCCAACCUUUUUAGCCGGCGGURCUYUUUUGUUUGUACACAUUUUGUUAGUUGCCCUGCUGUGAAUAUUACGAGGAACGUGAUAAAAAUAAACACUUGUUUUCAUUCAUAGCUGAUUUAAAUAAUUUUAUUGAACAUGUUAUUA